AUGUCACAGCUCUCCGAUCCCACCAUCACCAACAAUCACAAAAACACAACACACACCAACUUUAAUAACACUUCAGACAUCCAUAUGCAAGACACACCUAUACUGACCUCAUCCACACUGAUAUAA